AUGUCUGAUUCCGCAAAUGCCCCCAAGCCCAGCAGCAGCGUCAAGCUGGUUCUGCUAGGCGAAGCCGCUGUCGGAAAGUCUUCUCUCGUACUGCGCUUUGUCAACAAUGACUUUCAAGAAAACAAGGAACCCACUAUCGGUGCCGCCUUUUUGACUCAAAAGUGCAACCUCCCCUCGCGCACAAUCAAGUUUGAGAUCUGGGAUACCGCAGGCCAAGAACGAUUUGCUUCUCUCGCACCCAUGUACUACCGCAACGCCCAAGCCGCCCUCGUCGUCUACGAUCUUACCAAGCCCACCUCUCUCGUCAAGGCCAAGCACUGGGUCGCCGAGCUGCAACGACAGGCCUCGCCCGGGAUCGUAAUUGCUCUUGUCGGAAACAAGCUGGAUUUGACGACUGAAGCUGCCCCGGCGGACGUUGAUGGCACCGACGGUGAUGACUCGGGAGACGCGCGCAAGAUUUCGACAGAGGAGGCCAAGACAUACGCCGAGGAGGAGAGCUUACUGUUCUUCGAGACCAGUGCUAAGACGGGACACAACGUUACCGAGGUAUUUACAGCGAUUGCCAAUGCAAUCCCCGAGACGUCCCUAAAGACCACGCGCGGAACCGGCGGUGCCAACGCAACAAGCCGAGCUGGUGAUGAACAGAGGGUGAACUUGGGCGGGAACCGGGACGCUGGGGCUAAGGAUUCAUGUGCUUGUUAG